AUGCUGGAAGUAGGUCAGGUGUUGAAGAAUGGCGUUUUGGACAUGCGAAGAUUGGCCGUGGUAUUUGAUGGCCAUGCAGAUGGCUUUGAAUGCGUGCAUUUUGACCGACACAACUUUGGCACGGUCUGGGUUCUCGAGCAGGGCGUUGAUUGGGUUAAGAAACAAGGUUCCAGUAAAAAGGUUGCGCUCAGGAGUAGUUUCCAUCAACAAAUUAAGUUUCAGUUUGAAGACGUUGAUCACGGCUACCAGUAUGCUUUCAAUCACGUUGUUUGUCUUGUUCCAGUGUUGUUUACCAUCUGGCAACUUCAAAUUCACCUCCUCGUGCCCCAUAUACACGAGAAUCACGUGGAUCAGGUAUCCGUACAGUUCGAGGAGCCUUCUAUGGGUAGCGAAGAGAUCCACGUCUGCGGAGUUGAUGAUCUGGUUGGUGUAGUCUGCUUGACCAGCCAACGUACUUGA